CCCUUUUGCAGUGCACCAUUGAAUACAAAUAGGUCUCCGUAAACUGCGCUAGAAAUGAGUGACUCAGAGAAACAUGCUGCGGGUCAUGUGUGAAGACACUGUCACGCGCUGGCACACUCGCGCACGCAUGGAGACACAUAUUCACAGGCGUAUAAUGAGGCAGGCGUGCACAUAGGCGCACUCGUUUACAGACAGGGGGAAGGCUCGCACACAUAUUUAACUGAUCUAGCAUACCUCCUCAAUUUACCAGCUGCUCCUGUCAGAACCAGUCUUGACUAAUGACCACCUAUUUGAUCGUUUUACUUCGUCCCAGCCUUUAACCCUUGCAGUAAUGCAGUCAUACUUGUCCUCGGAUCGUGGGAGGUGAGUGUUGUUGUGACUGUGGUUGGCAGAGGGGAUUGGGGGGGGCGCUCUGCUCUGCUCGGCUCAGGACGCAGAAGAUAGUCGCUCUCCAAGGUGCUGAAAGUCGGAGCGCUCCCUCGUCAGUCUCGCCUGCUGAUGAUGAACGUGACCUCGGCCACAAAUUCAAAAAAUGACUGGCUUCAGCCGCGAAUGGGUCGAUUUUUUAUACUCUUUAACUUCUACCCAUGUGGAUUUUUUAUUUUCCGCACAACUGCUGGAUGUAUACACACAUGUGCAACAAGACUGGCUGCUGCUUUCUAAUAUUCACCUCCAUCGUGGGGAAAUACUGAAUUGACUCCGGAUUCUCAGGGAACGCUAUAGAGGAUUUCUCGAGCAGUUUCUUUUUUAGUCUCUCUUUCUCUGUCUGUAACGCAUGCAGUUGGACUUGAACUGCGAUAUUGUCUCGAAAAGGUGAGUCCAAUGAGGAUAAUCAUGAAGAAGACCUACUUUUACGCGGAUGUCUUUUUCUCUGCAGGGGGGGAAAGGGGAGCAAACCUCCAAAAGGCUGUUGUUUAGUUGCUUUUAAGCACAUCAUCACGACAAGAGGGCGGAUUACAGUAUCUCGUGGAGACUGGUGAUUUCACCCUGUGGAUAGAGUGAAGUUUCCAAUAGGCAAGGCGACUAUUUGUAAUCUGUCUCCGCUCUCUGUAUUGGGGAUCCUACCUUCACACUUAGUGGAUAUCAGUCUUAUUCAAAGCGCUCAUUUCCUUACGUGAUGGUGGUGAUAAUGAAGCCCUGGACAGAUCCGGUGAGGAUACAGAGAGGCUAAGGAUGACAUCCACACAGCCGUUUUGAACGUGGAUGUCAAUGCCGCGGCAAAGGAUGGGCCUUCUCCUCUUGACUGCCUUCGUCCCCCUGUUGGCCCUGAGCGCUGUGUCACCGGCCACGGUGGGUAACCCCGAGGAUUACGCCGCAGACGAGGCGGAGCGGACCGUCGGUGAGAACAUUGUGUUUGAUGACUACCGGGGCAAGGGAUGCGUGGAUGACAGCGGCUUCGUCUACAAACUCGGGGAACGUUUCUAUCCGGGACACUCGAACUGCCCGUGCGUGUGCACAGAGGAUGGGCCUGUGUGCGACCAACCCGAGUGCCCGAAACUGCAUCCAAAGUGCACCAAAGUGGAACACAAUGGAUGCUGCCCUGAGUGCAAAGAGGUGAAAAACUUUUGCGAGUACCGAGGGAAAACCUAUAAAAUUCUGGAAGAAUUCAAGGGUUUUCCAUCUGAUGAGGAAGGGACCAGUCCACCCAGCAUGGCUGCCGGUGUGCCUCUGGCCUCAGCGCAGCUGCAAUCAAGAACCAGGAGGUAUAGGCCGUCACCCUGUGAGUGGUGCCGCUGCGAACCAAAUAAUGAAGUGCAUUGUGUGGUGUCCGAUUGCGCCGUCCCAGAGUGUGUCAACCCUGUGUAUGAGCCAGAGCAAUGCUGCCCCAUCUGUAAAAACGGUCCAAAUUGCUUUGCUGGAACGACGAUCAUCCCGGCUGGAAUUGAAGUAAAGGUGGACGACUGCACCAUCUGCCGCUGCCACAACGGAGACUGGUGGAAGCCGGCGCAGUGCUUGCGGCGAGAAUGCCUCAACGGCCAGUCAUUGUCAUAGACGGACUCCUACGGGGAUGGUAGAAAAGCUCAGGCAAGGCUCUGCCUACUGUGCCAUUUUGUAUGAUUGACAGGGCAGGAGCACAAUUCCUAUAAAUCCUGAGACAGCAUACAGUAGGAUCGAAGAGGUGAUCUCGCAGGCUUCACACAAAUGUAGCCAGCGAGAAGAAGAUGGAACUUGUCUCAGUUGUUUCCACACUCCGGUUUUAAUGGUCCUAUAUAUUUUCAGAAGUUGACUUGCUUGACUUGCUGCUCUCACACACACACACAAAAAAGUUUCUUAGCUCCCUGAACUCUUUCCUAACCAUCGGCAAUGUUGAAUUGCUCAAAUUGAUUUCUGUACGUAUGUCAUCAGCUUGUUGUGCGUGCCAGUCACAAUCACACAGGUGUUCCAGCAGAACAAACCGUAAGCACACUUAGCAGCGCUUCUUUUCGCAUACAAGGAUUAGCACUGAUGAAAACACGGCAAAGAUGUGCUUGAGUUACACGACUUCACUCUAAGAGCUUGUUUACAAGAUGUGCAUCACACAUAAAUGUCUGCCUCUUCAUGAGACUUUAUCGCUGUGGCAGGAGCUCGCUCCUAACAUACAUGAUGCAACGUGCAACUGUCAUAUACCAUUAACAGCUAUGGAACCUCAAAGGCUGACUUUAUUGAUCAACGCACCAUGGUUUUGAGUCAUGUCUCACAGGCAGGAUAGGUUAGUACCACUUUUCAAAGAAGAAAAAAAACCCUGCAUCCCCAAGAAGAGCCAUGCUGCAUCAAUCC